AUGCUCUGUUGACUAGCGGAGCCUGACAAUCGCACGAUAUGCAUCUGCUAUUAACGUGAAUUCCUCUCCUUGGAUUAAAAUAUAUAGCCUAGCCUCGGCGUGAUCAUGGGACAGUGUGGUGUUAUUUCUUCGAAGACGGUCUUAGUCUUCCUAAAUUUGAUUUUUUGGGCUGCCGCUGGUAUACUGUGCUACAUUGGGGCCUACGUUUUCAUCACGUAUGAUGAUUAUGAUCAUUUUUUUGAGGAUAUCUACACUUUCAUCCCUGCCAUGGUGAUAAUUGCUGUGGGCACGCUUCUUUUUGUCAUUGGUUUCAUUGGAUGCUGUGCCACCAUUCGAGAAAGCCGCUGUGGCCUGGUCACGUUCUCAGCAGUGCUGCUACUGGUGUUUGCCACAGAGGUGGUUGUAGUGGUGCUAGGCUAUAUUUACAGAGCCAAGGUCGAGGCUGUAGUGAAUCACUCUAUUCAAAAAGUAUAUAAUGAAUAUAAAGGCACCAACACAGACGCUCCCAGCAGGGCCAUCGACUAUGUCCAGAGACAGCUCCACUGUUGUGGCAUUCAUAACUACUCUGAUUGGAUGAACACUCGCUGGUUUAUUGAGUCCAAAAAUAACAGCGUUCCAGUGAGCUGCUGCAAGCCCAGCAUCAGUAAUUGCACUGGGACGUUAAUGCGACCAGGAGACCUCUACCCAGAGGGCUGUGAAGUUCUUGUAGUAAAGAAACUCAAGGACAUUAUGCUGUACGUCAUACUGGCAGCAUUAACGUUCGCUGCCAUACAGAAUAACCGACCUAAACAUGAGAAACAGGAGGAAUGAACUGGCCUCUAUCAAUGUGGCCCCAAGGGGUGAAGUCAAUAACCCUUCUGGAGUCACUAUCUUCAUAUUUCAGAACGGCCGAAACCUGGUGGAGUAUGGGCUGGAGUUUUUCGCCACAUGUGAUGACCUCACCUUAAUGGAGGGAUUCUGGUGCUGGCUGGACGACGAUAUCCGUUUCGUCAUGCCCCAAGCUGAUUCCUGCUGGUUGCUGAGGAAUUACAUCAACUUUGCGCUGUCGUCGGAUUAGCAUUCACCGUGGACGAAGUUGAGUCCAGCCCGGGGUCAUCACAUGUGAGUGCCGCCAGCCCAGAGUCAUCGCCGAUCAUGGCCACUAACACUAAGCCCAGUCAAAAACCCCCCAACGGCAAGGAGAUGCCCGAGCCCACUGCUGAUGCAGAGCCAUCGCCUGCCGCGGUCAUCGAGCCAUCGCCAUCAGGAGCAACAGAGCUGAAGAUCGCCCCGGAGCCUGAGUCCCAAGAGUCUGACCAGGUGCGAGAGCAGACAGCAUAAGCAACGGUGGAUACAGCUGUGGAGAUCGUAGAGGCAAUGGAAAGCCCUGCCCGUGCCACCACUGCUGGGGGUGUGCGCAAACUGGAGUGCACUCAGAGAUGCCGUCCUUCAGUCUUCACCCGAACUUUUAACCUGGGAAAAUAUACCACCCAACCUACCUCUCCCGCCUCUUCUCAUUGACCUGUUCCCUUCCUCAACACCCUCUCCGCUGGAUCCCGUCAGCCCCUCUGCUCACACUCAGCUCCCCAUCUGUGGCGUGGGCUCGCCACUGGUCUGCCCAUCUCCAGCUCCAUUGGCAUCGAGUCUGGAGGAUCCCUCGACUCCGCCUUCAGCCUCCGAGGCCCAGACCUGUGACCCAGUGGCUCCACCAUGGCUUCCAGCUCCCUCGUCUCCACUGGAGCCCAUCAGUCCACCAACUCCACCAGGCUCCCUCUUCCCUCCAGCUCCGCCUUGGUCAGUCGUCCCCCUACCUCCACCUCUGGACUGCACUCCUCCGGCUUUGCCUCGUCCCUCCGGCUUCAUUGGGCUCCUCCCUCCCUCCAGCUCCACCUCAGUCCUCUGUCGCUCCGGCUCCUCCGCGGCCUUCCGGAUCUCCGCCUACACCUCGGUCACAGAAGCCUCCGGCUCCGCCUUGGCCCUCCGGAUCCUUGGCUUCACCCUGGCUCUUUGGCUCUCUGUCACUGCCUCGGGCUCCGCCGCCGUCGAUCGGUCCCCUGGAGCCGUCAGCCCUUCCUCCACCUUGGCUCCUCCCUCCGUCGGCUCCACCAUGGGCCGCCAUCAUGACUGUGGCCUGGCUUCUCCUGCUCCAGAUCCCGCCUGUCUCCUCCCUGGCUCCUCCCUCCGUCUAAUCCUCCCUGGCUUCUCCCUCCAUUUGAUCCUCCCUGGCUCUUUUCUCCAUCUCCACCUUGGACUCUGGCGAAAUGUCACAGUUAUGGACUGUUUGUUGUGUUUUCUUCCUCUGUGCCCAUAUUUGGUCAUGUUCCUGUUCUCAUUUUCUCAUUAUUAGUUGAUCCUCAUCACCUGUUUGCCCCUCGUUAUCUGCCCUAUUUAUAGUCCUCUUUCUGUUCAGUUGACUGUCGGUUAUUGUUUAGUGUCACAUGUGUUUGUUUAACCUGGAGUAUUUACCUUUUGUGUAUCGUGUGGAUUCUAAUUAAAAGCAUUUAUGUGGAUUACCUUCAUCUUCCUUGUCUUGCUUGGAUCAACCGUGAUAAUAUCCUUACUGAUUCUAACAGAUAAUGCAGAAUAUUUUAAAUAUGUUCUCAUAAUAUUUCCUGCCAUCAUCCUCAGUGUAAUUGUAUGUUUUGACCAUUG